AUGAAAUACUUCAUCGCCUCACUGCUCCUUGCUUCUUCUGCUCUCGCUCAGAGCAUCGCAAUCGCAGACCCUACAAAUGGCGCUACUCUCACCGCCGGCUCACCUAUGAACGUCGAGCUCGAUUUCCCCAAUUCACUCACGGGUGUCAGCCACAUUUCAGUUGUGAUAUCCUACCUGUCAUGUGAUGUGCAGCCGUGCGAUAUGGGUGCAGACCAAAUCCUCGGAAACGUGCUUUACUCGGGGAACUAUACGCCUGCGUACUCAACAGAGGACGCGGCUAAACCUCCUAACCAAAACUUUACCCUCACCAUUCCCUCCGAAGCGUCGACGGGCGCGGGAUUGCUCAAUGUUGCCCACUUCUAUCUCAUUGGGGCAAGUGCCCAGCCUAUCCUCGAGUACAAGAACAUCAGCUUCACUUUGCAAGCCCCCACUUCUCAGAAGCGGUCUUGCAACGCGAAAUUCUGUCUUUGA